AUGAUCAAUUUCUCAGAAUUUAAAUCUCAAGUUAAAAUGGCAAAGAAAAGUGUAAUUCAAGAACUCUACCCUCACCUUUUUGAAGAAAAAGAGCAGGCUCAAUCUAUCAUCAAUUCUAUGCUAAAAAUCGAAGACGAAGCCUCGUCAAUCAAAGAACGAGCCACUGGCAAAAAACAAAAUUGAACCCCAAGUGACGACUAUAAAGAAAAUGACGACGAUUUUGCUAUUGCUUACCGCGUCAUGGAAUCCUACAAAAAAGAACAAAAAGACAAAGAAAAGCUUGACAAAGCUAGAUCUUAACUUAACUUAGAAAUUAGAAGGCGUCUGCGAUUUUGAUUACACAGUCACUAAGGACCCCAAUGCGGGGUUCAACUGCUUUGCGCCGUCUUCAGAUUCACCUUGUUCGAGUUGAGACAAUGAUUCGCUGGCCAAAGUUCAGCUCUGACACUGCCUUUCCCCUUCUUCAGCUCCUGGUGGCAUGGUAUUCUGAAGUGAGGACAAAGCUAGAUCAAAUUCAAAAAAAGUAUAUCGGGAGUUCGAUCCUAGGCCAGCUAUGGAAGAAAGACAUCAAAAAGUAUUAAAACAGCGACAACAGAGGCUAGAAAACCAAAAUUUAAUAAGUGUAGGCUCCAAACUAGAAAUGCUCAGAGAAGAACGAAGAAAAUUCCAAGAAGAAAUUUCUCCUGAUGAGCUUGAAGCUAUGAAACAAUUAGUAAAAAAAGAAGCUGAAGAAAUAAGGCAGCAAGAUUUAAUCAGAAAAAAACAUGAGCGUGCUGCAGAGGAAAGAGAAAGAAUGGCUGUACAAAAGCAAAAUUUGGCUAAAGAAAAAGAAAGAAUUGAAAAGAAUUUUUUGGAAUUCAAAGUAAAACAAAUUUAUACAAAAAUCCUGAACACAAUAAACUCAGAUGAGAGGAAAAAUGUGAAUUGGGCUUUUAAGCAGAUUUUAAGCUAUACAAUAGAGCUAAAAUCAAAAAUGAUAAAAAUUGCAAGGAAAUAUAGGUUUAAAAGAAUCAAUAAAUAUAUGGCGAGAUGGAGAAAAUAUGUAAAAGAUUUUGAAAUUCAAAAAGAGCUGGAAAGGCAGAGGAUUGAGCAGGAAAAAAUGCAGUUUUUAAAUGAUACUGCAGAUAAUCAAUAUGAAAGCUGGCUAUUAAGGAGAGGAUUGAUAAGCUGAUGCAAGUUUAUGAACCAGUUGAGGAUUGAAAGAGAACAAGAAGAAGAGGAAAUUAAGAGAAAAGAAAAAGUUGAAAGGCUGAUGGAAUUUGUAAGACAAAGAGCUGAAGAAGAAAAGGAAUUAAGGAUACAACAAGAAAGGAAAAAACAAAUUGAAAUUGAAUGGAGAAAACAACAGCAACUGAUUGAGAUGAUUGAAAAGAGAAAAAUAAUGGAAUAUGAAGAAUCCCAAAAGAGAAACCAGGGUGUUAGUCAGCCAAAAAUUGAUGCCGCAAUAGAUACACCAGUUAUUUUUGAAGAAGCGGCAGUUCAAGCUUCUUUUGAUGAAAAUCGAGAAUUUGUGAUUCUGCAACAAGAAAAUCAGCAAAGGACUGAGCCAGAGAAAAUUGUUAUUGAAGAAGAAAUAUCAUACCAACAAUCAGAGUCGCCGACACAAAAUAAAAAACCUCAAAAAGUACCUAAAGAGCUUGCAAAAAUGAAACAAAGAGAAGAAGAACGUAAAAAAAAGCGCGAAGCACUUGAACAAAAGUAUAAAGAAAAAAGGAUUAAAGAGGAACAAGAAAAAAAAGAAAAAGAGCUAAUAGCACUGGACAAUUUGGCUCGUCUACCUAGCUUUAAGGCUCUACCUGGUAGUCUGACAGUCCGGCUCUACCUGGCUCUACUUCCUCUAUAUACAUUAAAAUGGCGACGGUGAACCAGCCCUUUUUCUCAACGCCUGUAGUCGGCUAUGCCGGGGACCUUGUGGAAGAGAAUUUGGCGCUCGGUGUGUGUAUCCGGCUAGAUUUUUCCUUGGUGCAGUGAAGCGCAGCGUCAAGUUUGAUUGACCGUAGCUCAUUCUGAUGUCAGGUUUUUUACCUCAGGGGGAAUGGUUUCUAGGUUGGAAAAGGGAGGCUCAGCUAUACCAAGGGCAUCCACUUGGUCAAUCGGGGAACUUCCUAGCUCGAUGCUGGGCGUUGCGUCCCAGGCCUGGAUUUCCAUUUUGGCCGUGAGUCUGACUAGAAGUAUUAUUUUAAUCAUUUCAGUAUGCAUUGAUUCUAACAUAACUUUUCAUUUUAUAAUUGGUUGAUAUAUUUUAUUUAUUUAUUUAUUUGAUGUAAUAAUAGUAGUUUAUAAUGAUUUUGUUUACUAUUAAGAUGAUAAUAUAAUUUAUUUUUUAGUAUUAAACUGUAUUAUAAAAUUUAUAUCAGCAUUUUAUUCCUUUAUAAAUUGCUGGACUUUGUUAUAGACUUGAAAAAAAAAAAUAUAUUGGCAGCAAUGCAAUAUAUAUGCAGACCUCUUUAAUGUUUUAUUCUUUGGAGAUGAUGCUAUUACAGGCUAUUACAUUUGAAUCUAAUAUAUCAUUACAAAAUUCAUUAAAUUGAUACUCCAAAAACCUAGGUAAUUUAAUUUGUUAAAGCCAGACUGCCAGGCAGAGCUGAACUGCCAGGUAGAGCCAGACUGUCAGGAAGAGCAGUAGAACCAGACUUCCGGACUGCAGGGUAGAGCAAGUAGAGCCGGACUGCCAGACUGCCAGGUAGAGCUGGGCUACAAGAUUACCAGAUGGCCAUAGCACUUGCAGAAGAAAAGAAGAAGAAAAAAGAGAUUAUUGAAAAAAAGAAAGCUGAAGAAAGGCAGAAAAAAGAAGCAGAAGAAAAAAAGAAACAAGCUUUGAUGGAACUAAAAGAAAAAUGUGAAAAAUCUGAUAAAUUUUACUAUUUCAGCUUGGUGGCCAAAAUGAUUAAAUUCUGGAAAAUGUAUUGCAGCAAUGUGAAAGAAGCAAAAAUAAAAGCUGAGGUAUUUGGAGAAAGAGCUAUAAAGAAGCUUAUUUUAAGAUAUUUCAUUGAAGGAAUCGCGGUUUCAAGGCAGGAAACUCAAGAAAUUGAUCGAAGAAGGAUGGAUUUUGCAUAUGAGCACUAUUUGAUGAGACUUAAAAGCUGCGUUUUUCUAAAUUUUAUACGAAAUCGAGACGAUCAUAUGGAAAGGGAGCUCGAAAUGGCCCAACAUCAUGAUAAAUACCUUUUAAGAAUUUCUAUUCAGGCAUGGGCAGAAGCUAAAGAGGUCCUCAAAGAAGAAAGGAUUAUUCAAGAAAAUAAAGAUAAUCAAAUAGCUUUGAGAUUUAGAUUGAAAAAGUUAGGACCAAAAGUAAUUAAAACUUGGAAAGAAGCUGUUGAAGAAGAAAUUGAAAAGAAACUGAAAGACCAGCAUACACAAGCAAUGUGGGAUAAAGUGCAGGGGUGGCUGAAGCAGCCUACAACGCAGUAUGAAGAUGAUUAA